AUGAUCGGGAACACGCCGAUGCAGCGCGUCGAGUCGCUCUCGCGUCUCACCGGAUGCGACGUCCUCAUAAAGUGCGAGUUCGCCAACCCGGGCGGGAGCGUGAAGGAUCGCGUCGCGCUGCGCAUCGUCCGCGAGGCGUUGGCGAGCGGGGAGCUGCGACCGGGCGGCGAAAUCACGGAGGGCACCGCGGGGAGCACGGGCGUCAGCGUCGCGCUCGUCGCCGCGGCGUUGGGGUGUAAGGCGCGUCGUCCCGCUCGCCGGUGUUCUAUACACUGGUUCCCAUACGACCGCGUUCGCGUUAAGCCGCAGAUGAUGGCGUCGUUCGGCGCGACGACGCGACGCGUGCGCCCGGUGUCCAUCUCGCACCCGGAGCACUACGUGAAGAUCGCGAGGCAGCGCGCGAUGGACGCGUGCGCGCGCGACGGGAAGGGCGCGGGGUACUUCGCGAACCAGUUUGAGAACGCGGCGAACUUCAGAGCGCAUCUCGACGGCACCGGACCGGAGAUUUGGAGACAGAUGGGCGGACGGCGCGGCGGCGUGGACGCCUUCGUGUGCGCGGCGGGCACGGGCGGCACACUCGCGGGGGUGUCGCGCUACCUGCGCUCGAAAGACCCGCGCGUCCAGUUCUUCCUCGUGGAUCCGCCCGGGAGCUCGCUGUACAACAAGGUGAAUCGCGGCGUGAUGUACUGCAAGGAAGAGGCGGAGGGGACGCGGCUGAAGAAUCCGUUCGACACAAUCACGGAGGGCGUCGGGAUCAACCGCCUCACCGCGAACUUUUCCAUCGCGCUCGGGGGCGACGGAAGCGAGGCCGGGACGUCCGCGCCCGUGGAGGGGGUGGAGCCGCUCGAGACGUCGCCGAUCGCGCGCGCGUUCAAGUGCUCGGACCGGGAGGCGGUGGAGAUGUCGCGGUACCUCGCGCGCGAGGACGGCUUAUUCUUAGGCGCCUCCAGCUGCGUCAACGUCGUGGGCGCGGUGAAGGUGGCGCGCGCGUUGGGACCGGGGCAUCGCGUCGUCACGAUCGCGUGCGACAGCGGCGUGCGGCACCUCACGAAGUUUUGGUCGCCGGAGUAUCUCGAGAAGCACGGGCUGACGCCGCGCGCGACCGGGUCGGGGUUGGAGUUUUUAGGUGCGUCCUUACAAAAGUUUUUCACCCAUUGA